AUGUACACAAUAAUCAAGCUCAAGGACGGCCAGUUUUUAGGAUUAGAAUUUUUCGAAGCGGAAGAAAGUCCACAAGAUAAUUCGAUUAAUGGCACGACGAAAAAAAAACCACAAACCGUUCAAGAUUUAUACAACACAACGAGUUGCGUUGAACCACCCAUUAAAUGCCCCCACAGGCGAAUACAAUUCUUCCUGUAUACGAGACAAACACAAGAAGAAGGAGAACUUCUCGAUGUAACGGAUAUAAAUUCAUUAUACAAUUCGAAAUUUAACGCUCUCCAUCCGACUAAAAUAAUAAUACACGGUUUUGGAGGUGGUAGAAAUUUAAUACCGAGUCCCAACAUACGAAAGGCUUAUUUUUCUUACGGGGAAUACAACGUGAUCAUCGUCGACUAUGGAACUCUGGCAAAAGAACCUUGCCUAAGUCAAAUCGAAUGGUCGCCGAGAUUUUGUGCAGAAUGUGUUGCACAACUCGUAGAUUAUUUGGCCGUACAUCCGAGAGGAGUACAACCCCACGAACUUCAUUUGAUUGGGUAUAGCGUGGGAGCACACAUGGCAGGACUCGUUGCAAAUCACAUAAGUUUUGGAAAACUGGGAAGAAUAACUGGUUUGGAUCCUACGAUUAUAUUUUACAUGGGAAAUAAUCGUUCGAGAGAUUUGGAUCCGACCGAUGCGCAUUUCGUUGAUGUUUUACACACUGGAGCUGGAGUUUUAGGACAAUGGGGACCCAACGGUCACGCUGAUUUUUAUUUUAACGGCGGAAGUAGUCAACCCGGUUGUCAAUCGAGUACGAUUUUAAAAACUCUGGCAUGCGAUCACACGAGAGUGACGCCAUUUUUUAUCGAAUCGAUAAUAAGUCCUAUAGGAUUUUGGGCAUCGCCUUGUCCGAAUAGAUUUAUGUAUUCUUUAGGAUUAUGUCCGACAAGGGAUGAAGAUUAUGUUAUCAUGGGAGAACAUGCACCCUGGACCGCGCGAGGAAUUUAUUAUUUGACAACAAAUGCACGUAAGCCAUACGCUCAAGGUUUUCCAGGAAAAAAACGUCCAACGGAAGGUGAUAGUAGAACAGCUAAAAAUAAAAGAGCUAAACCGAAGAGGUUAAGACGAAAUUAA